GCAUAAAUCGAGGAAUGUGAAAUACUUACUGUCAAAUACGAGUAAACAUUGGUAGACAGAGAUAUUUUAUCAGAGACCUGAUUUCUAGAUUGCAUUACUUAUAUAUAUAUAAAGAGUAGCAACCUGAAACAUUUUUGAUACAGCAGUUUUCAUUAGCGUGUUGUAGCACUUCAUUUAAAAUGUCGCAGCCUACCUUGGGAUAUUGGGACAUCCGUGGUAUAGCCGAGCCUAUACGAUUUCUUCUACACUACAAAGGUGUCGAUUUUGUUGAUAAAAGAUAUACUUUCGAUGAUCGUGCAGCAUGGGAGAAGGAUAAGACUUCUCUGAAAUUGGAUUUUCCUAACCUACCAUACUACCUCGAUGGAAAUAUAAGACUAACUCAAAGUAAUACCAUUUUAAGAUACCUGGCAAAGAAACAUGAACUUGAUGGCAAAACCGAAGAAGAAUACCUCCGAGUUUCUUUGGCCGAACAGCAAAUCAGUGAUCUCCGGGCAAGUCUGAUUCAGUUGAGUUACAACGACAACUUUGAGAAGCUGAAACCUGAUUUUGUCAAUCAAGUACCGAGUCAUCUGAAAUUGGUUGCUAACUUUCUAGGCAACAGGAAAUUUUUGGCAGGCGAUUCCGUGACCUAUGUUGACUUCAUGGCCUAUCAUGUCAUCGAUUACCUCAGGUAUCUCAUUCCAAAUCUUCUCACAGAUUUCCCAAAUUUGAGAGAUCAUCAAGACAGGAUUCGAAACUUGCCAGAACUGCGGAAAUAUUUAAAAUCGCCAGCAUACAAACCUUGGCCUCUUUUCUCUCCUGCAGCGCAAUUUGGCGGUGAAGGACCGGAACCUAAGCGUUAAUAGUUUCCAAAAGCUUUAAUUCUUAAAGUGCUUCAAGAUUUUUACAUGAUAUUUUGGACUGCCAUUUUGACAUUCUUGUAGUAAAAUCACAGAAGAAUUUAAAUUUUUAAAUUGCUGUUUAUGCUAUGCUUAAAUGUUUCGGACACCAAGAAUUUUUAUAUUUCAUAAUCUAUGAAAAUUCAUAUUUAGAACAGAGGUAAAAGACACAUAUUCUAUUUUGUUCCUUUUGAUAUACUUGUAUUAAAUUUACUUAAAAAUAAAAUUUUUUAAGCAUUAAUUAAGAAUUUAUGUACUUCAUUAAAGAUUUUUCUUAUUAAUGCAUAAAAUUUCAAAUCUUGAAUUUUUCUUUAUUGUGUAUGA